AUGAGCCGGCCCCCGGCGACGGGGAAAAUGCCCGGCGCCCCCGAGGCCGUGCCGGGGGACGGGGCGGGCGCGAGCCGCCAGAGGAAGCUGGAGGCGCUGAUCCGAGACCCUCGCUCACCCAUCAACGUGGAGAGCUUGUUGGAUGGCUUAAAUUCCUUGGUCCUUGAUUUGGAUUUUCCUGCUUUGAGAAAAAACAAGAAUAUAGAUAAUUUUUUAAAUAGAUAUGAGAAAAUUGUGAAAAAAAUCAGAGGUCUACAGAUGAAGGCAGAAGACUAUGAUGUUGUUAAAGUUAUUGGAAGAGGUGCUUUUGGUGAAGUGCAGCUGGUUCGUCAUAAGGCAUCACAGAAGGUUUAUGCUAUGAAGCUUCUUAGUAAGUUUGAAAUGAUAAAAAGAUCUGAUUCUGCAUUUUUCUGGGAAGAGAGAGAUAUUAUGGCCUUUGCCAACAGUCCCUGGGUGGUUCAGCUCUUUUGUGCUUUUCAAGAUGAUAAGUAUCUGUACAUGGUAAUGGAGUACAUGCCUGGUGGAGAUCUUGUAAACCUUAUGAGUAACUAUGAUGUACCUGAAAAAUGGGCCAAAUUUUAUACUGCUGAAGUUGUUCUUGCUCUGGAUGCCAUACACUCCAUGGGCUUAAUUCACAGAGAUGUAAAACCUGACAACAUGCUCUUGGAUAAACAUGGACAUCUAAAGUUGGCAGAUUUUGGCACAUGUAUGAAGAUGGAUGAAACAGGCAUGGUGCAUUGUGAUACGGCAGUUGGAACACCUGAUUAUAUUUCACCUGAGGUUCUCAAAUCACAAGGGGGUGAUGGUUACUAUGGGCGAGAAUGUGAUUGGUGGUCUGUGGGUGUUUUCCUUUUUGAGAUGCUGGUGGGGGAUACUCCAUUUUAUGCAGAUUCACUUGUAGGAACAUAUAGCAAAAUUAUGGAUCAUAAAAACUCACUCUGUUUCCCUGAAGAUGCAGAAAUUUCUAAACAUGCGAAGAAUCUCAUUUGUGCCUUCUUAACAGAUAGGGAGGUACGACUUGGGAGAAAUGGGGUAGAAGAAAUCAAACAGCAUCCUUUCUUUAAGAAUGAUCAGUGGAAUUGGGAUAACAUAAGAGAGACGGCGGCUCCUGUAGUACCUGAGCUCAGCAGUGACAUAGACAGCAGCAAUUUUGAUGACAUCGAAGAUGAUAAAGGAGAUGUAGAAACCUUCCCGAUUCCUAAAGCUUUUGUGGGAAAUCAGCUACCUUUUAUAGGAUUUACCUACUAUAGAGAAAAUUUGUUAUUAAGUGACUCUUCAUCUUGUAGAGAAAAUGAUUCAUUACAAUCAAGGAAGAAUGAAGAAAGCCAAGAGAUUCAGAAAAAAUUAUACACAUUAGAAGAACACCUUAGCACUGAAAUACAAGCCAAAGAGGAACUAGAGCAAAAGUGCAAAUCUGUUAAUACUCGCUUUGAGAAAGUAGCAAAGGAACUAGAAGAAGAGAUUACUUUAAGGAAAAAUGUGGAAUCAGCAUUAAGACAAUUAGAAAGAGAAAAGGCACUUCUUCAACACAAAAAUGCAGAGUAUCAGCGGAAAGCUGAUCACGAAGCAGACAAGAAGCGAAAUUUGGAAAAUGAUGUUAACAGUUUAAAGGAUCAACUUGAAGAUUUGAAAAAAAGAAAUCAGAACUCUCAAAUAUCCACUGAGAAAGUGAAUCAGCUCCAGAGACAACUGGAUGAAACCAAUGCUUUGCUGAGAACAGAAUCUGAUACUGCGGCCCGGUUAAGAAAAACCCAGGCAGAAAGUUCAAAACAGAUUCAGCAGCUGGAAUCUAACAAUAGAGAUCUUCAAGAUAAAAAUUGCCUGCUGGAGACUGCUAAGUUAAAACUUGAAAAGGAAUUUAUCAAUCUUCAGUCAGUUCUAGAAUCUGAAAGGAGGGACCGAACUCAUGGAUCCGAGAUAAUUAAUGACUUACAAGGUAGAAUAUCUGGCCUAGAAGAAGAUUUAAAGAAUGGCAAAAUCUUAUUAGCAAAAGCAGAGAUGGAGAAGAGACAACUACAGGAGAGACUUACUGAUUUGGAAAAGGAAAAGAACAACAUGGAAAUAGAUAUGACAUACCAACUAAAAGUUAUACAGCAGAGCUUAGAACAAGAAGAAGCUGAGCAUAAGGCUACAAAAGCACGGCUGGCAGAUAAAAAUAAGAUUUAUGAAUCCAUUGAAGAAGCAAAAUCAGAAGCCAUGAAAGAAAUGGAGAAAAAGCUCUCAGAGGAAAGGACGUUAAAGCAGAAAGUGGAGAACCUAUUGCUGGAAGCUGAGAAGAGAUGCUCUAUAUUUGACUGUGACCUCAAACAGUCACAGCAGAAAAUCAAUGAACUCCUUAAACAGAAAGAUGUGCUAAAUGAGGAUGUUAGAAAUUUGACAUUAAAAAUAGAGCAGGAAACUCAGAAGCGCUGCCUUACACAAAAUGACUUGAAGAUGCAAACACAGCAAGUUAACACAUUAAAAAUGUCAGAAAAGCAGUUAAAACAAGAGAAUAAUCAUCUCAUGGAAAUGAAAAUGAGCUUGGAAAAGCAGAAUGCUGAACUUCGAAAAGAACGUCAAGAUGCAGAUGGGCAAAUGAAAGAACUUCAGGAUCAGCUUGAAGCGGAGCAGUAUUUCUCAACCCUCUAUAAAACACAGGUGAGGGAACUUAAAGAAGAAUGUGAAGAAAAGACCAAACUUUGUAAAGAGUUACAACAGAAGAAACAGGACUUACAGGAAGAAAGGGACUCCUUGGCUGCUCAACUGGAGAUCACCUUGACCAAAGCAGAUUCAGAGCAGCUGGCUCGUUCAAUUGCUGAAGAGCAAUAUUCUGAUUUGGAGAAAGAGAAAAUCAUGAAGGAGCUUGAGAUCAAAGAGAUGAUGGCUAGACACAAACAGGAGCUCACUGAAAAAGAUGCUACAAUUGCAUCUCUUGAAGAAACGAAUAGGACACUAACUAGUGAUGUUGCCAAUCUUGCAAAUGAGAAAGAAGAAUUAAAUAACAAAUGGAAAGAUGCCCAAGAACAGCUGUCACGGCUGAAAGAUGAGGAGAUCAGCGCAGCCGCUAUUAAAGCACAGUUUGAGAAGCAGCUGCUCACAGAGAGAACACUUAAAACUCAAGCUGUGAAUAAGUUGGCUGAGAUAAUGAAUCGAAAAGAACCUGUCAAGCGUGGUAGUGACACUGAUGUGCGGAGAAAAGAGAAAGAGAAUAGAAAGCUACAUAUGGAGCUUAAAUCUGAACGUGAAAAAUUGACCCAGCAGAUGAUCAAGUAUCAGAAAGAACUGAAUGAAAUGCAGGCUCAAAUAGCUGAAGAGAGCCAGAUUCGAAUUGAACUGCAGAUGACACUGGACAGUAAAGAUAGUGACAUUGAGCAGCUGCGGUCACAGCUCCAGGCGUUGCAUAUCGGUCUGGAUAGUUCCAGUAUAGGCAGUGGACCAGGGGAUGCUGAGGCAGAUGAUGGAUUUCCCGAAUCAAGACUAGAAGGAUGGCUUUCAUUGCCUGUACGAAACAACACUAAGAAGUUUGGAUGGGUUAAAAAGUAUGUGAUUGUAAGCAGUAAGAAGAUUCUUUUCUAUGACAGUGAACAAGAUAAAGAACAAUCUAAUCCUUACAUGGUUUUAGAUAUAGACAAAUUAUUUCAUGUCCGACCAGUUACACAGACAGAUGUAUACAGAGCAGAUGCUAAAGAAAUUCCAAGGAUAUUUCAGAUUCUGUAUGCCAAUGAAGGAGAGAGUAAGAAGGAACAAGAAUUUCCAGUGGAGCCAGUGGGAGAAAAAUCAAAUUAUAUUUGCCAUAAGGGACACGAAUUUAUUCCUACCCUCUAUCAUUUCCCAACCAACUGUGAGGCUUGUAUGAAGCCACUGUGGCAUAUGUUUAAACCUCCUCCUGCUUUAGAGUGCCGGCGCUGCCAUAUUAAAUGUCAUAAAGAUCACAUGGACAAAAAGGAGGAGAUUAUAGCACCUUGCAAAGUUUACUAUGAUAUUUCGACGGCAAAGAAUCUUUUGUUGUUAGCAAAUUCUACAGAAGAACAGCAGAAGUGGGUUAGUCGGUUGGUGAAAAAGAUCCCUAAAAAGCCUCCAGCUCCAGACCCUUUUGCACGGUCAUCUCCUAGAACCUCGAUGAAGAUACAACAAAACCAGUCUAUUAGACGGCCAAGUCGACAGCUUGCCCCAAACAAACCAAGCUAGCUGCCUUCUGUGAAUGCAGUCAUUAUUCAAGGUGAUCAUAUUCUUCCAGUUAAAACAAGACUGAAAUAUGAUGGCCCAAAAUUUCUUAAAAAGCUGUAUUUUCCUGAGAGACUGAUACUCAAACACACGCAUACAUAUAUAUAUAUGUAUAUAUAUAUACAUACAUAUAUAUAUACAUAUAUAUAUAUAUUUCCCUUUAU